AUAUAUUUUUCUAUACUUGUUUGGUGGCGUUAUGUAUUCUAUAACAGAUAUAAUAUCCACAAUGGUUGUGCUUUUUAUCGCAACAGUAUCAAAUAGUGAAGCAGAUGGUAUAUCAUGUCAACAGGCACGUUUAAAAUGUUCAUAUCGUACUGGAUGCGGUGGUGCACUUAGUAAUUAUUUAGAGGGUUGUUCUGAAGUAUUACAAGGUGUAAUCAACUAUUGUCCUGAACACUGUCAAUAUGCGUUGGUCGCUUUAACAUCAACGGAUGAGGGCAAACAAUUAAUGACUUGUGAUUGUGACGAUGACUUUUGUGAAGAUACAAAAACUCGUUUAGAAGUAUGUCGAGCACAAGUAGUGAAUGCAAUCCGUAAUGAAACUGUACCAUGUCGUGUUGCCCAAUGGAUUUGUACAGCCGAUCCACAAUGUUCGACAGCUUUAGAAUAUUACAAUCGUUAUUGCAAGUCAAUGUUUCAUGGUAAAAAAUGUACUCAUCGUUGUUUAAAUUCCAUUUCAAUAUUACGACGACAGGAAAAAGCAGCCAAAUUAAAUACAUGUCAAUGUGAUGGGCAUGAGCAUUAUAAUUGUCAUCAGAUACGAAAGAAUAUGAAAAAUUUAUGUUUCCCUCAUGAUGACCAAAAACCAUCACCAUCACGUCCUUCUAUAGAGGAUGUUGGUAAUCCUGAAACAAAUGAAGUACAAACUUCAAAUCCAAUGUUAGCUGACAGUUCUAAAUCUGUAUACAUAACUUCUAACAACUAUCACAUAGUCACUCUAUUCAUUCUUGUAAAUUUAUACGCAAUUAUCACGUGACCAUUGCUACAAAACUUAUAAUUUAUAUAAAAAAAUUUCUUUUAAUUAUUUAUUUAAAACAAAAUCUACCUCUUUAUCAACUAACAACAUUUGUUAGUUUUUUUUUAACCACAUAAUUCGUAUUGAAUUUAGAGAUGGAAAACGUAAAGACUUCAUUGUAGAGUGGAAGAAAAAAAAAAUUUUUUAUGCAGUUACACGCAUAUUUCAAUUUUAUGAUAAUUGCGGUAAUUGCAUUGAAUUAUUUUUAUUUGGGAGAAUAAGUGAACCUGGGUCGAAUGUGUGUGCUUGUAUAUUUGAGUGUAUGCGCGAGUAAUUAGAUGUUCCUAUCAGGAGAGAUUGUUAAUAAUUAUGAAAAAAAAAAAAACAUAAUUGAAUAGUAGACUUAAAUUAAAAAUUUGGAGAAAAUUGGUUUAAUUCCAAAAGUAUUUUCUACUAAUCAAUUACCUAAAAAUGAAAAUGGAAAGAAAGUUUUGUAGCAUGUGAGACUUGCUUUUACGAUGACUAUGUCGAGGUUGUUCUCUUAACGAUUAUAAUUAUGAAUAUACGUAAAAACGCACAAACCUUGAACGCUUUAGUGAUUAUUUGAAUCUGAACGAUAAAAAACAGGUCCGUGCGUAAGAUUUAUCCAAGGGAGGGGUUCAAAUUUUUGUUCGCCAUGAUAUGUAUAUUGAACAAAGACUAAACCGUUUAAUCGAUCUAAGGUAUGUUUUGAUACGGCGGAAGGUUAAAAAGGGGAUUCAUUCGUCGCUGUUUUCAUGGGCAAAACUGCCAGAACGCAUAGCAUCCCUCUUCAGCGUUUCCUCUUCUUUCAAUCAAAAUAUGUUUCGCAGCAUCAGCCAGUUCGAUAGACAAUGAAUCAAAGGCAAAGUCAAAGAAUGUCCCAAGCUCAAAGUAUGCAUGUAUAUCUGAUUCGUCAGUGGAAAUUAGUCUCAUAAAUAAAUGCAUUUACAGGACUAUAUUGUUAUUUCAAAAUUUAUGUGGACUGAUUUCCAACGGGAGGGGUUUUGGCCAUGCGCACGGGCCUGAAAAAAGCUUUAAAUUUUUUUAUUUAAUUUAAAAAAAUUG